AUGCUGACUCCAAGGUUCAAGUUAUCUCAGGACGAGAAUCACAUAUAUAUAAUUGUGCACGCCCCAUACACGAACAUUGGAGAGACGGAAAUCGAUAUCGAUGGAGAAAAUUUCUUGUUCGUAUCAAGUCCAUAUUUUCUUCGUCUUCGACUUCCAGGAAGAAUAAUUGAAAACGAUCACUCGAAAGGUUCUUACACCUGCGAUUCAGGUGACUUUCAUCUUACCUUUGACAAGGAAACUCCUGGUGAGCAUUUCGAAAAUCUCGAUAUGAUUACUAGUUUAUUAGCUCCUCGAGAUAUACCCGAUAUGAAUCCGCAUUUAGUGGAAAUGUUGGAACAAGAUGGAGUAACUGUUCAUAAUAGUGAGGAAGAAGAUGAAAGUGAUGAUGAUGGAGUUAAAUUCGCAUAUGGGUUUGCUAACAAAACUACUGUUGAAUUCGGUGACAUUGGCAACGAAUUUCCGCAAAUUUUUGAAUUGAAAGAACCUGCACGCGUUUCUAUAAAACAACGUAAUAUUCUUCGAAUCGAACAUGAAAACAACAAAUUUUCAACAGACCAUUACUGGGCCGAUUAUUUUGAAAAGGAACUUCUAGAACCGUACCUCACUGCUGUAGUGUAUUGGAACAAGCCUGAAUUCAAUAAUGACAUUGAGUUCACUGAUGAGGAAGUAGGAAUAUUGAAAGAUCUGCCAAAUAAAAGUUAUUUAUUGAGUAAGAAUGAGUACCAGCAAGUCAUGCUUGGUCUUGUUGACAUACUUUUUGCCUUCUGCUAUGACAAAAGAACUACGUACAAUGAAAGCACUGUGGAAUCCAGCUGGACAAUCAACAAAUUGUCAUCAACCUUGAGCUGGUUUUGUGUAUUUAAAGAAACUAAGCAAGUGUUGGUCGCCAGUUAUAGGCGGGCCUUGAUCUACCCAAUAUUCAGAAAUUUCAUGCUAUGUAAAAAAGUUCAUGACGAUCUUGUGUCCAUGUUUAAAAAGGGCAAAAAGUUUAUCAUCAAAUGUGUUAUAAGCAUAUUCACAAUGUUUCAUGCAAACACUGAUGCCAGAUACAUUCUCAAUCAGCUAUACAUAAAAGAUUACUUGAUUUUCCUACAAAAAUGCAGGUCUGAAGAGUUAGAUGAGUUGUGUAACAAUAUUGCCAAUGUAGAGAUACUUAAAAAAGAUCUUGAUUUGGAACUAGAAGAAUUGGAGGCAGCUGGUGAGAUUGUGCACAGGGAGGAAUUUGUUGUAAUGGAAAAUGAAAUGGCUCUCAAAAUGGCAUCUAUGUCAUUGAUUCCAGGAUUGAAGAAGCAUAAUUUGUAUUUGGAUGAUAGUGAGGAUGAUAGUGACUCUUCUGAUUCCAGUUCCAGUGAUUCAUCUGAUGACUCUUCAAGUGAUUUAGACUCAGAUGAUGAUCCCUCA